AUGGUUCAGCAUUGUAUCAAUGCAGCUAGUGCGGAUUUCGGUUCGUAUAAUAUUACCAAACAACGUGAUGCAGUUGAUGUUGUUAGCAGUAAAUCACCAAUAAUCAAUACGAAUAGUCUGCAUCAACAUAUACGCACGUUAGGUUCCAUGCAAUCUGGCUCAGUUGACUUCGUUUCGAAUGUUUUACCAUUGUCGACUAAACAUUAUUCGUCAGAUAUGUCAUCAGCAUAUAAAAGAAAUACAACAACUUCCUCAUCAUCAUCGUCUGGUUAUGAAUCAACGUUUUCACAGUCAUCGAAACCACACCGAUCGUUCUUCUCCCGUCUAAAACGUUUAAUGAAUCUUUCUUCAACUAAAAAGUCCUCUGAUUAUCAAAUGUCACCGAAUGUUAAUGAACAACAUUUGAAUUAUUCAAAUUCUCCUAUGACUUCCUCUGAAACUCGACGAAAUUCAUUAACACGCUCAGAUAUGCGAAGAAAAUCAACGCGACGAACGCCAACAUCGAUAAUACAACACACACCAUUUCUGUACGGCUUGAAAAAUUGUGGAAAUACAUGUUUCAUCAAUGCUAUUGUGCAAUGUUUAUGUCAUACCGAACAAUUAGCUUUAUAUAUUCUACGAAAAGGUUAUGAGAUUGAUAUACGCAAUAUCAAAAAUGCCAUGGUUGACCACCAUCAUUCAUUAUCCUCAUCAUUGCAAUCGCAUGGUUUCAAAGUCACCAAAGCUUUCGUUCAGAUCUUUCAAGCUCUAUGGAAUAAUUCAUCCAAUACGACAUCGAAAUUGUCCUAUGACUUCAAGUCGAUUAUCGGCAAUCUUAAUCGACAGUAUUCCGGAAAUGAUCAGAAUGAUGCUCAAGAAUUUCUGCUAUUUCUGAUCAAUUCAAUACACGAUGAAUUGAAUCUCGCAAUUAAUGGUAGACAGCGACCACAACCUACUAAGAAUUCAUUUUCGUCAGUAACUAUCUCAUCCCAAACACCCUCGUCAUUAGCAUCGGCUGAAUUAGCCCGCCGUGCAUGGUCAGAUUACACAGACGCAAAUCAAAGUAUCAUCACGUCAACAUUCAGCGCUCAACUUCAUUCAACAUUACGCUGUAAUCAAUGUAAACAAGAAAGUAAAACAUUCGAACCAUAUUUAUUAUUAUCAUUGCCGAUUCCGCAAAAAAUCAUCAAAUCCGUUUUUGUCACGGUGGUUUUUCUAAACCAAUCACCAAAACAACUGCAAAUUGGAUUAUGUCUACCAGUUACGAAUACAGUCAAAGAUGUCCGAGAAGCUAUUGCUCAACAAUCCAACCUUGAUCCAAGCGAUCUUGUUUUGGCUGAAAUUCAACAGCACAAUGGUUUUUCGCAAGUCUUUCAUGAUACAGAACCGAUGGCUCGGCUUACGCAGGAUGUUUAUGCAAUUCAAUUUCCUUCGGCGAGAACGGAAAGUUCGGAACAUAUCGCUUCGCCUGCCGAAUCUACUAAUCAAGUGAUAUCAUCUGAAUCAAGCAAUUCGUUUGUUAACUUACUUGUAUUGAACCGUGUACAAUUGGAUUCUGGCCGUUUCGAACGCUUCGGUGCACCAAUUGCUGUUCGUGUUCCGCGUGAGUCAAAUUAUCGUGCUCUACAGUUAUCAAUCAUCAAAGCACAACGAUCGCUUAUACUUGAUGAAGCAAUGGAGUAUGCUCAAGAAUUCGUUGUUUUCCAAUUAUCACUUAUAGAUCAAUAUCAAUCAACAAAUAAAGGAAUAGUAAAGCAGGAAUAUCCGAUUUUGCAUGAUGUUCAAUGGCCACUUUAUCUUGAGAAAAUUGUCGAAAUUCUCGAUGCUUAUGAUGGUCCGGGUCUUGGACCACCGCAUAUUCAAGUUUAUGCCGAUUGGCAUGAGAAGUAUCUUGGGCAAUUCAUAUCGAAAUGGGGUUGUAAUGAUGACAAGCCAGAUGUUCACCUAUCAGUUGCUCAAGCUCGUGCAGCAUUGCAAAAACCAGCUUCGGCGAUAUCCUUGGCUGAUUGUUUCUCAUUAUUUACACAAUCAGAAAGUUUAAAUCAUGACGAUGCCUGGAUGUGUACGAGCUGUCGUCGAAAAGAGAAUGGAACAGUGAAGAAUUUGAGAAUAUCCACUUUACCAUCCGUGUUAAUUAUACAUUUGAAACGCUUUUGUCAAACGAAAGCAUCGAACUCGAAAUUGGUGUAUCCAGUUCAGUUUCCAUUGGUCGGUCUCGACGUCAGACGAUAUCUAUCAACGAAACGAAAUGAUGAACACACGAAUAACGAUGACAGUGGAACAAGUGAUGACUAUCAAGAUGAUUUUGAUCAACGUGACGAAAAACAAUAUGGACUCUAUGAUCUUUAUGCUGUUUGUAAUCAUCGUGGUAGUAUGUCCAAUGGACAUUAUACAGCCUACUGUAAAAAUCCAGUCACGGAGAAAUGGUUUUGCUACGAUGAUCAUCUUGUAUCUGAACUGGAUCCGGCCCGUGUUUGUACACCAGAUGCUUAUAUAUUGUUCUAUCGUCGUCGUCGUGAUAGUCCAACAUCACCAACAUCAUCGGCAACAACAUCCGAAUCUACUUACAAAUCUCCAACUUCUCCAACCAAACAAGAACAACAAACAAUAGAUUUACUGACAAAUGACUUUGACGAACAAUUAAGAAUAGAUUACCCAUCUGCUCCGCCAUCGUCAGUAAUCGAAGAAAAUUACGUUUGGUCAGCAACAAAAGAUAAACCCCAUCAUUAUGUUCUACAGCCACCAUUGCCAACACCGCGGAAAAUCCUUACACCUUUACCACCUCAAUCUGAGGAUGGAUUUCCUUUAGUACAACCUUUACCUUGUCCAGCACCCAGAACACGUAGACCGCAGUAUGAACUGGAAUCUGCUACAUAUUCGCCUCAACGAACCAUGUCACCAUCGAUACUAAGCGGACGACAACCACCUACACCGAAUAUUAACUAUGUUUAUCCGAUUUCAUCGACGCCAGCUAGUUACAUAAUCGAACCAUUGAAUGAUUUCUAUUCUCCAAAUCUACGUUAUAGCAGCGAUACGGAAAGAUUAAAUCCAUGGAAUCGUUAUAACAAUUCAUGUUAUUCUGAUGAUGAACAAGAGCGUAAUGUAAUUUAUUCGAAAUCCGUGUUACAUUAG